CUCAGUGUAGAGUUGCGAUCCCCCUUUGCCUUAGGGACCUAGUGUCUCUUUGGUGCGCUUGAUUGUGAGCAUGGCGUCAGCCAGUGACGGAGAUCCAGGCAUGGUACCAUCUUAUGCCAAGCUCAAGAACUCAGUACGUAUAUCGUACUUGGAGGACCAGAGAAAGAACCGGGACCUGAAGUACAUCGUGGAGCAAGUUCUGCUGGGCGUCUUUGGAUUAAGGAAGCAUGAGAUAUUAUCCAUCCAAGAUUAUCCGAAAAGAGGAGUAUACGAUGUUACUUUUACGGAAGGAGGUAUUUACAAGGACUUUGUUAUACAGAUGAAGAAGGUAAGCGGAGAUUCCCGCUUGAGUGGAAUAAGAAUUGUUGAGCACUUUCCCGAUGAACUUAUGCUUUUAGUUAUAAAAAUGUACUCUCCAUACGUUAAAGAAGAUGAAAUUGUUGUGUUUUUAAGGAAUUUUUGUAAAAAAAUUAUAAAUAGAGGGAAAGUGAUGAAUGAGUGUGGAAUAUGGUCCUCUAAGUGGAAGUUUCUGGUUGAGUUCAAAGAAGAUCUAUUACUCCCAGGACGAAAGGUUAUGCCUCCAGCUCGGUUCAAGUUAGGAAAUGUAAAUGGUGACGUGUUUUUCCCAGGAAUGCCCAAUUUCUGCAGAGCUUGUAGAAGAUAUGGACAUGAUAAAAACGUAUGUGAGAGUACAUGUACAAAUUGUGGCAGCACUGAGCACUCCUCCAGAGAAUGCACAAAAGAAAAGAAAUGCAGUUUAUGUUACAGAGUUGACCAUUUGUAUGCUUCUUGUCCUCACAGAAACAAAGAGAAACAACAGAGAAGCCAGCCAGACCCCCGUCAUAUGAACAGAGAAGACAGCAAACCAGAAGAAAACCCAACUGAUCCACAUGGUGAGUCUGCUACCUCUGAUGAAGAUGGAUAUGAGAAACCCUCCAGCAUGAAGGUAAGAAGAAAGGAGAAGAAAGCAUGGCAGACAGGAGCUCCUCUCUCGCAGCAGAGGGGUAGUAACCUGGAUGAAGCUGUCAGCAAGCCUCAGAGUGCCCCCCUGAGGAAGCCAGAAAAUGUUGGGGCUAAGAGAAGAAAGACCGGAACAGGAAGAGAAGAGGCGUUUGUGGAAGAAGAGGGGGGGGGUAGGGAUGCCAUCAGGUGUUCCAGCCCCCUCCCCAAGUGAAACAGGCAACUCGUCCAUGGUUCCCGACACGGUGGAAGUCGUUGUGCCCGACCGGCUGCCCGGGGUGGCUCCGACAGGUCAUCCCGGGGAGGAGAUGGACACUGGGCAAGGUGACGGAGACGGGACAACCCCUGUUCCGGCGAAGAGGAAUCCUCUCCUUAGUCCCCUACCGGAGGAUCUUCAGGAGGAGGUAAUGGAGGAGUCAGACGGUAGCAGCUCACCGGAAUCUCUGGUGACAGUGAGAUCAGAAGGGGAAAAUGAUAGUUUUGGGGGUCUGGCUGAUGAGGAUGAGAUAGAAUGUGCACAAAGAUAUUGAAAGUGGUCUCUCUGUAACCUUUAAUGAUGGCGCUCCAUGGACUCUCCCUCAAUGUGAGGGGCCUUAAGACACACGCAAGAAGAACUGCUAUUUUUAAUUUUUUAUCCUUUUUGUCUGCAUCAGUUUUCUUCUUACAGGAAUGUGGCAUCCCUCACCAAGCAUCAUACAAGAAAUAUGAAGAAGACUGGAAGCAUGGCCCCUCAGUGUGGUCAGGGUCCAACGUAUCUAAAUCUGGAGGAGUUGCUAUACUUUUUAAGGAAGGACUUAUCCUGGAGCUGCAUCCACAGUUGCCUUCCGUGCCGGGCUUUCCAACACCGUAGAGGAUUUGCAAGCACAGCAAAGUGUCCAAGAGAGGGAUGCCACGAAGAGGAGACUGUUUUACAUCUUUUAUGGACAUGUGAUUUUUCUAGAAGGAUAUGGACUAAAAUGCUGCCACUUUUAAACAAAAUUGCUGCUAUAAAAGACUUGGACUAUAAUAUGGUUUUAUAUGGGUGUUUGGAUUGUCCCGGCGAACAAGAGAAACGGAAGGCAUGGCAAAUAAUAAACUGUGUGAAGGCAGCUCUGUGGAAAAAUAGGAAUAUUUUAUUAUUUAAAAAGGACAUUUUAUCUUUCGAUGAUGUUAUUGGAAUGAUUUUAAGUGAAAUGUACAUCUAUCUUUUAAUCGAUA